GCUCUUGGCCAAGAGAAGGUUCCCGGAGGCUCCUCCUCUGGGACCGGCCGUGCCCAGCGCUGGGCUCGCCAGUUGCUGGCAGGAGGAGCAGGACUUUGCUGGCAGAUCAAGGCUGUGGGGGUGGCUCAGCUAUGGCCUCCAAGCGCCACACGACCCCUGCAAAGCAGUCAGACAGUGGUGGUAAGAAAGCAAAGCAGGGAGAGGAGGAGAAUGCCUGGAAAUCAGCUUUGGAAGCCCUGAAAGCUGCCCCCAAGGAGAAGCCCCCUGCCACCAUCGAUGGGCUGUGUCCCCUGAGCACAGAACCAGAUGCCCAGGUCUAUGAAGAUUAUGACUGCACCUUGAACCAGACCAACAUCACUGCCAACAACAACAAGUUCUACAUCCUCCAGCUCCUUGAGCACAAUGGUGCCUACAGUGUCUGGAGUCGCUGGGGUCGUGUGGGGGAGGUGGGCCAGUCCAAACUCAUGCCCUCCACAUCCCUGGAGUCUGCCAAGAAGGAUUUUGAGAAGAAGUUUCGGGAAAAGACCAAGAACAGCUGGGCGGCAAGAGAGAACUUCAUUGCUCAGCCAGGAAAGUACACACUCAUCGAUGUGCAGCCAGGGUCCGGGCAGGAGGUGGAGGCUACCCUCAGGGUGGACAGUGUGGAUGGGACCAAGGUCUGCAAGCAGCAGGUGCUGCCCUGCACCUUGGACAAAGCCACACAGGACCUGGUGUCCCUCAUCUUCAGCAACGACAUGUUCCGGGAUGCCAUGCAGACCAUGAAUAUUGAUGUGAAAAAGAUGCCACUGGGAAAGCUGAGCAAGCAGCAGAUUGCAAGGGGCUUCGAGGCUCUGGAAGAGCUAGAGGCAGCGCUGCAGGAGCAACCUCCGCUGGCUGCCCGCCUGGAGGACCUCUCCUCCCGCUUCUACACCAUCAUCCCCCAUAACUUUGGGCGGGCACGACCACCCCCCAUCGACUCACCUGUCUUGCUGCGUGCCAAGAAGGAUAUGUUGUUGGUGCUGGCUGAUAUCGAAGUGGCACAGAGCCUGCAAUCACAGAAGGUGAAGGAGGAGGAAGAAAAGGAAAUCGCUCAUCCGCUGGAUCAGGAUUAUGCCCUGCUCUGCUGCCAGCUCUCCCUGCUGGACCCAGCCUGCCAGGAAUAUCAGCUGAUCCAAAACUAUGUGACACAGACUGGGCGCAACCUCCGCAUCCUCAACAUCUGGCAGGUUGCCCGAGAUGGUGAGGACGAGCGCUUCAGAGCCCACGACCUCCUGGAGCACCGACGCCUGCUUUGGCAUGGCACCAACGUGGCAGUGGUUGCAGCCAUCCUGAAGAAUGGGCUGCGCAUCAUGCCCCACUCUGGUGGGCGCGUGGGCAAGGGCAUCUACUUUGCCUCUGAGAACAGCAAGUCAGCCUGGUAUGUGCACUGCACGUCCAAGAAUAUUGGCAUCAUGUUCCUGACGGAGGUGGCCCUUGGCAAGUCUUACCACAUCACCCGUGAUGACCCCUCUCUGUGCCAGCCGCCCACCGGCUAUGACAGUGUGGUGGCCUGUGGCCAGACAGAGCCAGACCCUGCACAAGAUAAGGAGAUGCUGCUGGAUGGCAAGAAGGUGCUGGUGUGCCAGGGCAAGCCUAUCCCCAUGCCUGCCUACAAGGACUCCUCCUUCAGCCAAAGCGAGUACCUCAUCUACCAGGAAAGCCAGUGCCGGAUCCGUUUCCUCGUCCAGCUCCUCUUCUAAGAGUGUCCGAGCGACCCAUGCCCCAUCCCAGCAGCAGCUAGUGAUGUCCACCGGCUCUGAACACGGCUUAACAGAGCUCUGACCACCAGCUCUGGUCUUGACUCUCCCACUACCCCAUCUAGCGGGGAUAGCCUGGCAUGGGGACAGAGCUUGCUUUGAGGGUGAAUAAAAAAUGAAAACCUGUGCCUCG